AUGCAGAAGGCUAAAGUCUUGUGCUUCACCAGAGUCAUAACAUCCAAAUUCGCGAAUUAUAGACCCAAGGCCUCAAACAAUUGUUUGCUGUCUAGUGGUAAAACUAGCAGUGACUAUAUUUAUAUGAAGAACCGCGAAAUCGAUAAUCUGAUCGGAUCGAAGAAUCUGCACGAAGCAAUUGCAGUGUUCAAUAGCAUGCCACUACGUGACGUUGUUACCUACAACUUGCUAAUUUCUGGUCAUAGCAGAUAUGGGUUAUCGAGCCAGGCUCUUCAUCUCUACGCUGAAAUGGGUUUAAUCGGAAUGAGAGAGAGUGCUUCGACGUUCUCCUCUGUGAUAGGAGUCUGUAGCGAAGCUGAGUUUUAUACAGAAGGCAUUCAGGUGCAUUGUAGAGUGGUUAAACUUGGAUUCGAUUUGAAUGUGUUCGUUGUUGGGGCCAUUAUUGAUUUUUACAUGAGUAUGGGACUAAGUAGGGUCGCAAUGAAAGUGUUUGAUGAGUUGCCUCAACGAAAUUUGGCGAUAUGGAAUAUAGUGUUACGUGGGUUAUCAGAGCUGGGUCGAAUGGAAGAAGAAGAAUUGCUUGGAUUUCAAAUCCAGAUGGAAUCGGAAGGUGUCGAGCCAAAUGGGCUUACCUUUUGUUAUCUACUUAGGGGUUGCAGUAAUUUGAGAUUGUUCCAUGAAGGGAAGAAGAUUCAAAGCCGUAUUCUGAAACUUGGGUUAGGGGAAUCGAACAUUUAUGUUGCUAAUGCUUUGGUGGAUUUUUACUCUGCUUGUGGGUGUUUAGUUGAGGCGAGGAAAUCGUUUGAAGCUAUUCCAAUUGACGAUGUUAUUUCAUGGAACUCACUGGUUUCUGUUUAUAUAGACAACCAUUUGUUGUUUGAUGCUCUGGAAUUAUUUACAACCAUGCAACUAUGGGGUCAGAGACCAUCCAUCCGUUCAUUAGUGGGGUUUCUGAAUUUCUCAAGUAGGAUGAAAAAUAUUAAUCUGGGGAAACAGAUUCAUUGUUAUGUUCUGAAACUGGGUUUUGAUACCCAAAGCGUUCAUGUUCAAUCUUCCUUGAUUGAUAUGUACGGAAAAUGCAGCGACAUUGAUAGUUCGAUUGCCAUAUUUGAGUGCCUUCCUGAGAAAACUUUACAAUGUUGCAAUUCAUUAAUGACAUCUUUGUCUCAAUUUAAUGCCACAGAAGAUGCGGUGCAGUUGUUUGGUUUGAUGAUGGACGAUUGUAUUAAACCAGAUGAAAUAACUUUCUCCACUACUUUAAAAGCAUUAUCUGUAUCUGCUUCACCAAACUUCACUAGCUGUCAGUUGCUGCAUUGUUUGGCUGUAAAAUCUGGAUUUGAAGAAGAUAUUGCCGUUGCCUGCUCUCUAAUCGAUGCAUAUUCAAGAUUGGGGCAUGUGGAACUUUCUCGUCGUAUUUUUGAAACUCUUAAUUCUCCAAAUGCCAUUUGCUUCACUUCAAUGAUAAAUGGGUUUGCACGAAAUGGGAUGGGGCGAGAAGGCCUUGAAUUGCUUCAAGCUAUGGUUGAGAAAGGCCUAAAACCAGAUAAAGUUACCUUCUUGUGUGUAUUAGCAGGUUGUAGCCAUUCGGGACUUGUUGAUGAAGGAAGAUUAGUGUUCAAUUCUAUGAAAUCACUUCAUGGGGUGCACCCAGAUCGCCAGCAUUUUUCAUGUAUGGUGGAUCUGUUAUGCCGCGCAGGAUUGCUAUAUGAAGCUGAAGAGCUGCUGCAAAAGGCACCUGGAGAAGGCGACUUUGCUAUGUGCUGUUCAUUACUAAGAAGUUGCAGGGUCCACAAGAAUGAAGUGGUUGGAAGAAGAGUAGCAAAAAUGAUAAUGGAGCUUGGUCCAGAUGAUCCAGCGGUUUGGUUGCAAGCUUCACAAUUCUUUUCUGAGAUUGGGGAUUUUGAUGCAUCUAUGCAAAUCAGAGAGGUGGCUCUAGCCAGGAAGAUGAUAUGGGAGAUUGGUCGUAGUUUGAUUGAGAUAAAGCACUGAUGUUAAGGUAUUCUUUACUUUGUGGAGUCUUCAAAUCUUGCAUUCUAAUGGGAAAAGAGGUUUCCUUUGAAGUGGGGUUUUG